AUGCGUCAAAUAGGUGUUUAUUAUAACCAUUACAACAACACUAACAACACAACUAACACUAACAACAUUUCUAUAAAUUUCCAAAAUAAUUAUUUAGAAAAACAAAACAUUCAUCAAAACCUUAAUAUUCAAACAUCCUUUGAACAACAACAAACAAACAACAAAAUGUUUAUUCCAGCUAGUUCCUCUUCUUCUUGUUCAACAUUUUCUUCUUCUCCUUCUGUUUCUCCCAACCCUUAUAUGAGUCCCCCUGUUUUAAGAAAGGAAAUGGAGCAGGAUUGGGGGGAUGUUGAGAAGGAGAGUAACAAUGUUGAUGUUUUUGUUAGAAUGCCUAAAUUGGAGCCUGAAUAUACUGUAAUUGCUAAUCAAUCUCAACUUUGUUUUAAGGUAUUGGUUGAGGACAAUGAUGAUAAUAAUGACGUCGUUUUCUUUCCCACAAAAACUACAAAUGAAUCAUCGGAAUUUAACAAUAAAAGUCCCCAUCAUCAUAUUUUUCUCCAGCCAUCAUUAAAUUCUUCAAAAUUCUUCAAUUUAUCAUCAGAUAUUUCUUCUUCCUCGAUUUGCUCAACAACAACAAGUAGCGGUAUUUGGUCUUCUCCAACAGAACAACAGCCUCUUCUAGUAUUCUCCAACAAAGUUUCCAAAAAAGAAAUUCGGAAAAAUAUGAAGGGAAAAGAAGAAAAAACAAAUAAAAAUGGAAAAUUAAGUUUAAAAAAUAUUAUGAAAGAGAAGAAGGAAGUUAAUAAUUGUAAUGUUUUGGGCGAGGAAGAGGUUGAGAUGAAGCCAAAAAGAAAAUAUGUUAGGCGUAAAGUAAAAGAUUUGGAAGAAGGAAAGGAAGUGAAGAAAGAAAAGGAAGAAAAAUUAAUUAAAAGAAGAAGAAGAAAAAAUCUUCCGAAAGAAGAAAAUUUAGAAAAAGAAAUUAAAGAAGAAAUUAAGGAGGAAAGUUUAGAGAUUAAAGAAAUCAAAGAGGAAAUUAGAGAAAAAGAAGAAGAAAAUAUUAUUGAAAAAGAAAAUAAACUUGAAAGAAGAAAGAAGUUGGAAAAUGUUGUUGGGAAAAGGAAUUGUAAAACAUGUUGUAAAACAAGUUGUAAAACAAGUUGCAAAACAAGUUGUAAAAAAGGCUGCAAAACAAGUUUGAAAACAAGUUGUAAAACAAGUUUGAGAAAUAGGACAAAAACAAAUGAGAAUGUUCAAAACUCUGAUUUUAAUGUUUUGAAAGAAGCUGUUGGGGAGAAGCAGGCGUAUUUAAUGAGGUUGAGGAAAAGAAAAGAAGAUGAGGAGAAGAAGAAAAAUUACAAAAGAAGUAAAUUAGAAGAUAACGAAAAAUUAAUUAUUCGAAGAAGGAAAAGGAAAGCUUUGUUAUUGGCAAAUUUGAAACUUUCGGAAAUUUCGCCAGAUAAAAGGAUUGGAGGGGAGAGACGGAGCUGUCGUCACCCUCAUAUUUCUCGAAAGAUGGUUUUAUUCUCUUCAUCUUCCUCAGCUUCUCCAUCACCUUCUCGGGCCAAAUUGUUACCCAAACCAAUUUCAAAACCCCCAAAACCUUUAAAUACUCCAACUUCAACCAUUCCAACCUUCACUUCCCAACCUUCUCAAUUUUCUUCAAAUUGGCGCCCUAUAGGUUUAGGUGUUCUCAAACAAUUACCGCUACGUCGUCUUCCUGAUUCCAACGAGGAAAAUGUUAAACAAUAUUUUUGUUUUAAUUCAAUUCGGCAUAAAUCUGAAUCUGAAGUUUAUAUAAAGUUGGGGGAUUGUGUACUGGUUAAUUCGGCUGAUUUUGAGGAGGACAUUUUUGUGGGCAGAGUUCUGUCUAUCCACUACGAGCCAAGUGAGCGCUCUCUACUUCUUACUCUCCUAUGGUUUUAUACUGGCAAACAACUUCCUUCUUUGCGUCUAAACAAUUCUGGGUGUUCCAACUUUGAAGAUGAUGAAUUAUUUGCUUCAAAACAUUUAGAUCAAGUAAAUGCAGAUUCUGUACAGGGAACUACGCGCGUUUUAACCUUUUCGGCAUAUUGUCGCUAUAAAGCCCAAUUAGCUUUGGAACGUCUACCAGCUGCUAGAAGGCCUCCAAAUUGGGCACGUCCUUGCCCUAGAUUUAAACAAAAUGUAGAGGAAGGGGAAGUGGAUGAUUUAAUGAAUGAUAGUAAUACUACACAAGAUACGGUGUGAUUUCUGAAUUUUUUCUUGAUUUUUAAAAUGAUAGAGGGGGAUAUUUUUCUUGUAUUUCGUACACAGGUACGAGUGUGAAUUUUGGCACGAGCUUCCAAACAAUGAUACCGGCAUUCCAAACUUUGCCAAAUUCUACUGGGGUUGUUAGCGGACCGGUUAUUAACCUGUAUACUCGGUUUUUGAUCCAGGUUAAUUUGCAAAAACACCGGUUUUCUUGAUUUUUAAAAGAUUAGAGAGGCCUGUUUUAUUAAUUUUUGGUGUAGUGGUAGUGUUGCUGAUUAUGAUAUGAGCUUCCAAACAUAGAUACUGACAUUCCAAAUCUAGCCAAGUUCUUGCCUUUU